AUGCUGCUCGAGUUGGUGGAAGUUUCCAAAACACGAUGGAUUUCGAUGAUGUGGUUUCGUCUAGAUUUUAUGUUCAUCAUGAGCGUGGUGGCGCUGUUCGGGGCGGGGGCGUGGCUCGUCGCGCUUUGCCUCUGCAGCGUCGCCGUCUACUCCGUGCAUCGCCUGAUUAAAAUGGAAAAGCAUUUGAAUAAAGUGCAGCGCGAUACGCAGCUCGUUCGCGGAGAGGUUGACGUCAGUCGGGUGUUGAAACCCGGAACGGAGGAGUCGAAGCGGGCGACGGGGAUCCACGAGGGCUACAACGCGUUGGUUGCCUAA